AUGCAGCUGCGCGGGCUGUCUUUUUGCGCGCUGCGCCUGAGGACGCUCUUAAACCCAUCCAUCCCCCCUGUGUUCAUUGGGAACGUCGCCAUGGAUUUUCGACCUUGGAACCCUGCGCCCGACGAUCCACAGCCCACCACCCUCACCAUGGCUUCCUUCCCCCGCAAUCGACAUCGAGGUCUCUCGGUAGGAGCUGGACGGAAUCUUGAACGUCGGUCUGAGAUUUGUCUCAGCUCCCUCGGGAACAAAGAUACCGCGUGUUCAGGGUUCAAGCCAGUGCUUCAAAGAAGCGCUUACCUGGACGGUCCACUUUCCAAAGGUCGAGGUCUCGAGUUCGAACGCCAACCUCUUUGGUUUUCUGGAUUGCCGCGAACACACCCGACGUGGUGGUCAACCCCCGCCCAGAUAUGCGCUCCCAUAAUGGUGGGUCGUCACGACCCAACACUACACCUACCUCUCUCAAGCACAGAGAGCACUCAAUCCUGGGCAUCCCGGACUCCGGUUCAACGCACCACCCACGACUUCUGCUAUAUCAAAAUGAAACCACGGCAUGAGGUUGUGAUUCGGCAGACUCGUCAAGAAUAUCAUUUUUGGGGUCUCGGAGGAGACAAUUCUUCCCUUCGACCACUGGUUGAAGAUCCAUUUUGCGGUUCUCCACAUCAGCGUUUGGAUGGAGGCAACGAGUUGGACAAGGCGACCUCAACAGGAUCAGUCCUGUUCGGGCAGACGAUAGCACUCACCAACAUCUAA